AUGAUGCUGGACGACGUGCUCCCUGACGCGCCUAUGGCCGUCAUUCCUGGUGAUGCCAACGACGGCAUUCUCGGUCUUCUGUCCCCCAAAUCGACAUUUUCCCAAGAGCAGCAACAAGCUUCGGCCCCAGUACUGGCGGCCACAGAGCCACAGAGCCAGCGGGCGCCCACCCUCCGGGACCUCACCGAUGAGCAGCUCCACGCCAUGCUUGCCGCCAGCUGCGGGACACCGCCUCCUUUCGAGACCGUCAACCCCUCUGCUCUCAGCUCUCCCGGUCCAGCCACCGACUUCUCCGGUAGCGACGAUAGCCUGGCCACGCAUGCUACCUCGCCCUUUCACCCGGCCAACCACCGGCUCUUCGGCGAAGACUACAUCAGGACCUCGCUUUCAUGUCCGCCUACGCCUGGUCAACCGCCGCUACCGGCGCCGACCGCUCGUCGCUACUCGAACCACCUUAGCUUGCACGAUGAUGCUUAUACCGAACCGUACGACAGCCCAGUGGCCUUUCCGCUCAACGACCAGUUGCCAGAUCCCGUCGACGUCGAUCAUCAGCCCAGAACGUGCUUCACACUCCACCAGAAACUGCAGGACAGUCUGAUGCAGGAAGACGACAGAAGUCUGAUGGACCGACCCCAUCAUCAACUGCCGCCACGCAUUACGGUCCUCCCUCACAACCAAGCACUACCCCAUGCUCCUGGCCCAUCGCACCACCAACAACAAUACGCCUCUUCGCCGAACCCACCGCCAUAUCCGCAUCCGUAUCCCCAGGCGCAGCAGCAGCAGCAGCAGCAGCAGCAGCAGCGACGGCAGCACCUCCAAGCCCAGCAGCAACAACAGCAGCCAUCAAGCUCCUCCUCCUCCUCCUUCUCCUCAAACCCAUCAAACACACCGGCACCCCCACCACCAGUCCAAAUCACCUUCCACCGCCAAAGCGGCCACUUCAUCGGCCAGCCGCGGCCGCGUCAGCACCCUUACCCUCCUGCCGCCGCCGCGACAGGACCACCACGCCAAACGGCCCCGACCGGAUAUUACCAAACCGUGCAGGGGCAGGACCGCGAGCCCAACGUCAACCUGCUGAGCAGAUCGUCCGGCACCGUGCGCAUCGGCACGCCGGUCAUGCAGGGAGUACUGUCGCCGCCGUCGUUAUCGUCGUCGUCGUCGUCGGCGUCACGCAGCACCGCCCCGUCUCCCGCGCCUUAUCGUGCUCAUCCUCAUCAUCCGUUCCCUCCGCCGGCCGACGGCAGCGGUGGCAGUGGCAGUAGCGGUGGCAGUCCGGCGUUCAGUCCCGUGCGAUCGUUCGGCGCUGUUGCUGGCGCUACUGUUACUGCUGAUUCGCCUCGUCAACAGCAGCAGCAUCAGCGGGAGAGUGGUGGUAUCAGCGCAAGGGGUAGGACUCGCAGCAACACCGCCCCAACUACGACGACGAUGACGACGACGACGACGUCGUCGCCAUCAUCAUCACCAUCACCACCAUCACCAUCAAACGUCUCCGGACGACAAAAUGGAGCACCCCCACAUCCACACCCACACCCGCAGCGCCAACACCACCACCACCGCCACCUCCACCUCCACCGCCAAGCCCCCUACCCCUCCCCCUACCCCUCCCCCCGCCCAGCUUCCUCGCCCUCCUCCUCCUCUUCUUCCUCCUCCCCCCUUCCUUCCUCCCACCACCCCACCGGCCCCCACCCUUUCCCCCACCGCCCGCACCCGCACCCCUCCGGCGGGAGUAACGUCAACGUCCUCCAGCGGCAGAGACAGCAGCGGCAGAGACAGCAGCGGCGGUUGCUGAUGUCGUCGUCGACGGCAGCGGCGGUGGCGGGCCCGACGUCAGCGCCGAGGAGUACGUCGGCUGGGAUGGUGAUUGUGGAGGAGGAGGAGGAUGGGGACGACGAGACCGGUGCUGCUGCUGGGCGGGAUGAGGAUGCGGCGGUGGCGGUGGCGGUGGCGGUGGAGGAGCGGCAUGCGCUGCAUCAGAGGAUGUGGACGCCGGAGCCGGGGGGUGGUGGUGGUGGUGGUGGUGGUGGUGAUUGUGGUGUUGCUGAAGGGGUGGGCGGCCGGUACGGAGGAGGAGGAGGAGGAGGAGGAGGAGGAGAAAUGGGGUUGGCGAGGCUGGUGGAGAGACGUCGCGAGCAGGAUACGCUGAUUUUGGGCAUACAGGGGUUUGUGGAGCGGAUUGGCAGGGAGUGCGAGGGGUUGAGCGGGUGGGUGAGGGAGGCGGUGGAGGAGAGGGGGGAGGGGGAGGAGAAGGGGGAGUUGGAGAGGAAAUGCCUUGAGAAACGCAACAGGAACUUCGCUGUCACGGAGCUUGACGAACCGCUGGAGCCCCUGCCGCGUUCGAUGCAGAUGGAAACCGACCUCGAGGAAAUCCCAUGGGACGUUCCUCCCAACGCGCAGGAGAUCAGGAAUUCUGAUCAUGAUGCAAUCACGGCCCUUCUCGAGGCGUACAGCGUCCCGUUCCAGCCGGACAUGUUUCUGGCCCAGAAGAAGGAGCUGUACCUCCGAUUCAUCGGGGCGAAUCGGGCGCUGAUGCAUCGUGUCCUUGAUUGA